AUGUCUAGUUAUAUCUCUUCAGAAUACCAAACAAAUCCCUCAGAGUUCGAAAUACUUGAAGACAUGGAUAAGGCAGAGGGAGCAUUAAAUGAACUUGAUGGGAGACUUGAUAACCUAAAUGCUAAAAUAGAUGUGCUGCUCGAAGAACAAACUCCUAAAUUCGAAGAUGAAAUAAAGCCAACUGAAGAGGAGAAAACUGAAGAGAAACAAUCUGAAGAGAAAUCCGAUGAAGAAAAUUAG